UGUUGUCCACGUCGCAUUUCAGCGCUCUAGACAUGUUUUAUUUUUCAGACUAUCGAUAUAUUUAGGUUAUAUUGGAGUCCUGAUUCGUGUUUUUGUAUAACUGCGUAAAGAAAACAGCUAUUUCUGCCGCAGUAGAGGGAGUAUGUGAUCUUUUUUUUCUAUGUACCUUCCUGGACCACUCUGUCGGCUGCUUACUUUGAAGACCGCUCUUAAACCCAGAGCUCAGUCCGUGCUGGAAGCGCCAGAGGAGUGUUACCGUAUGGCGUGGCUGCCUAGCGCAGAGGAAAGGACGGAGAAAAAUAUUAUUUUUUGCUAGGAACAUUCACAUUUUCACCUUUAUAUAUCUGUCGUAAGAAUACAAACGCGUCAUCGGAACUGGAUACGGUGGAUUACAUUUUUGUGGGGACGAAUUGUAGACUUUUGGAGUAUCCAAAACUCGUGGAUCGAUGAGAGAAGACAGGCAGACCGGCUCCCCUGCAGUUUUGAGAGAGAACGAGAGGCGAUUGCAGCUGAGAAGCGAGGAGAGGGAGACGACGCCAAGCUGCUGCCGAAGUCACAGCCAUGAGUAGGGCUCUCGCGGACCCCAUCACCACCGGCUUCAGAGAAGAUGCUCCUCGGCCGCCCGUCCCGGGGGAAGAGGGCGAGACGAAAUGCUACAACCCUUGCAAGCUUGCCUUGAUGAGACUCAAGGAUACGGUUAAAUCCGCUGUGAAAGUCGCCCCUCCCGGCUCCGCGGCGAGGAGGGAUGAGGAUGGACUCGGGGAACCGGAGGGAAGCGCCUCCCCGGACUCCCCACUCGCGCGGUGGACCAAGUCGUUGCUCUCACUUCUUGGGGACCAAGACGGAGCGCAACUUUUUCGGAGCUUUCUGGAGCGUGAGAAAUGUGUGGACACGCUAGACUUUUGGUUCGCCUGCAACGGCUUCAGGCAAAUGGACCUCAAGGAUACCAAAACGCACCGUGUGGCUAAAGCCAUUUACAAGCGCUACAUCGAGAACCACAGCGUGGUCGCCAAGCAGUUGAAGCCGGCGACCAAAACCUUCAUUCGGGAUAGCGUCAAGAGGCAACAAAUUGACUCAUCGAUGUUUGACCAGGCACAAACGGAGAUUCAAACAGCGAUGGAGGAAAACGCAUACCAGCUGUUUCUAUCCUCCGACAUCUACCUCGAAUACGUCCGGAGUGGGUGCGAGAACGGUGCUCACGGCAGCCCGGAUGGACUGGGCAGCCUCAAACUUGUGUGCGGCUACCUGCCCACCCUGAACGAGGAAGAGGAGUGGAGUUGCAGUGACUUCAAAGCCAAAGCCUUAGCUUCCAUGGUGGGACUGUCGGCGAAAGCCCUUCGGGCAGCUCCCUCUGCGAGGGCAGUGGAGGCGCUGGAACGAGGAUACAGGUCGUAUAGGCGUGGGGAUGCGGGGAGCUCCUAUCACAUUAGCGCGGGUCUGGCGUUCGCUCCAGCCUCCAGCGCCAACGACAGCGAGAUCUCCAGCGAUGCCCUGACGGACGACAACAUCUCCCUGGCCGACAGCCUGGACGGGGUGUGUGUGCAGCAGCUGGGUCCAAGAAAGCAACUGCAGCGGGAGAUCCAACGCAGCAUGCGGAUCAACGGCCAGGUGGCACUACCACACUUCCCUAAGGGUCGGCGUGCUCCGCGUGACAUGGGCCCGGUGGAGCCCGCUGCCUUCGCCGCCCUGCUGACGGCCAAGCUGGAGAGACUCAAGAGAGAGCAGGACAGCAUCAGCAGCCUGGAGGAACGACUGCAGCAGAUACAGGAGGAGGAGGAGCGUGAUGACACGGAGGCCUCGUGCGGCGCGUCCACUCUGAGCCCUCCGCACCACCCGCUGUCCUCGCUGCCCUCCACCUCCUCCUGUGACGAGGAGGCGCAGGCCAUCCUGGACGAGCACCUAUCGCGCGUGCUCAAGACGCCCGGCUGCCAGUCGCCCCCCUGCCCCCGCUCGCGCUCCCCCGACCGCCACCUCCUCCGCCACCCGCUCCUGCCCCGCGGCCUCUCCUCCAGGACCGCCCAGGCGCAGGGGCUCUUCUCCCCUCCCGCGUCUGCCAACGGCGUCGUCCCGUCGUUCGGGUGCUACGGCGGCCUGAGCUCCCCCGGAGGCGCCGGCGCCGGGUCGGGUACCGGAUCCGGGAACCACCACCAUCACCACCAGACCACCACCACCUUCGUGUCGCGGCAGUCCACCCGGCACAUCCACCACCACAUCCACCACCACCACGGCGGCGCCGCGUCUCCCCGCUCCAGGGAGCAGCUGGAGGCCGAGGCGGCCCAGAGGGUGCAGGGCCUGUGCAGGAGCGCCGCCUCGCCGUCAGGGGCGUCAGGGGCAGGGGCACUGGUGCCCAGGAGCAGGAGCCUGGGCCGAGAGCAGCAGCCAAGCUCCAGCAACACCAGCUCUGCCGACCUGCCACUCGGGCAUCCGGGCGUGCUGUCGCAGCGGCUGUGGAAGUCCGGCGAGGAGGUGUCCUCGGAGAGCGGCACGGGGGACAGCGGCGUCCAGCUGCCCAGCGACACCACCGACCGCUCCCAGAACGUCUGGCAGUGGAUCAUGGAGAGCGGACGGCAGCCGCGCCACAAGACCAAUGGCGCGGCCCCGGCUGGCAAGCGUUGGCACAGUGCCGACCCCUCGUCCUUGUCGCCGCGUACGCCCACCUGGGGAGGCGGCGGCAGCAGCGGGCACCAGCACCAGCACCAGCGUGGCCACCAGCCCGCCCACCCCUUCGUGCAGGACCCGGCCAUGCCCCCCCUGCCCCCGCCAGACACCCUGGCCCAGCUGGAGGAGGCCUGCCGGCGCCUGGAGGAAGUCUCCAAGCCCCCCAAACAAAGGCACUCUCCGUCCAGCACGGCGCGGGAGAGAGGCCCCGGGGGCCCCGUCCAGAAUGGGCCCCUCUCAGCGGUGCCCAGCCCCGGCCCCAGCCCCCUACAGACUGAUGAGUCUAAGGAGCCUAAGCGUCAGGCUAGCUGCCAGGGCUCUCCGGUCGGUGGAGGUGGCACGGGCGCGGGCGCGGGUACAGGAGGGGAGACGGUGGUGACGUACUUCUUCUGUGGCGAGGAGAUCCCCUACCGGCGCAUCAUGAAGAGCCACAGCCUCACGCUUGCACACUUCAAGGAACAGCUACGCAAGAAGGGCAACUACAGGUACUACUUCAAGAAGGCCAGUGAUGAGUUUGAGUGUGGCGCGGUGUUCGAGGAGGUGUGGGAAGACUCCAGCGUGCUGCCCAUGUACGAGGGCAAGGUCCUGGGCAAAGUGGAGCGGAUGGACUGAGGAGACCCAGGAGGAGGAGGAUGGACUUGAACACUAGGCUGACGACACUAGACUAGACUGAGCCACGCUCUCUCUCCAGGGCUCUCUCCGUAGAGCCAGAGCGCUCCAGGAAGCUUCUCCCACCAAAACGUCUUCCCUCCAAGUCAAGGUUCUGUACAAGGUGGAGAGGGUUGGACUGAGGAGAGGGAGAGGGGGAGGAUGGAGGAUGGACUUUCAACAGAGACACUCUAUAUAAGACAAAACACUUAAGAAAACGUCCAUAGAAAUGAGCGGGGGCGGUUCGUAACGCCAAUACGGCGUGUGCUUGCACAUCUCCCAGCUUUCAGGCAAAAAGAGCCAAUUGCUGCGCUGUCAUGGAUCCAAUCACUCGCAAGCAAGUGUUGCUCAUGCGCAGUUGAAAAAUAAAGAGAAGAAGCUGCCCAAAAUAGCUGCCCCGACGCGUCACCAAGAUGGCUGCCAAGUGGAGGGACUUAUACAGACGGACUUUGCUUCCAACACUAGGCCGACGGGGCGAGGCUAGACGGAGCCGCGCUCCAGAACUCUUCUCCCACCAAAAUGUCUUCCCUCAAAGUCAAGGUCUUGUGGAGAGGAUGGACUGAGGAGAGGGAGAGGGUGGACUUCCAACAUUGACUGGACUGAGUCAUGCUCUCUCCAGAGUGCCAGAAUGCCCCCAGAAAGCUUCUCCCACCAAAACGUCACCAACCUGCUCCUAUCCCCACCCCACCUCAACCAUCCUCAUGCAAAGCUGCUUAUACGCUCUCUCUCCAGACGAGACGCCAGGGAAGUUUAACCCCAACAACCCCCCCCCCAAACCCUUCAACAACAGCCGCAGCACUUGGACAUCUGUGGAGGAACAUCCUCCACAAGACAGGCUCCUUCUUCUCGAGCCUGGACCUUGGUAUGAAAGCAACAGGAGGCUUUCAAGAACAAGGAAGCAACUUUGUGAAACUUGUGCUUUCGUUCGUUUUGUUUUGGUUUGGAUUUUUUUUUUUUAUGCCUCCAGAGGACUUCUAUUCCACAAAGCUAUUGAAGGAAUAUUAGCCAGUGAAGUAAAAGAUGCAAGAAAAAUAAGGUGCCGGAAAUUUUAAAAAAAAGGGGGGGUUCAGCAUGUGAAGCUAGCCCUCUCUCCUCUGCACCUUAACUAUGGGACUAUUCCAAUGGGACUAUGGCGCAUGCAGACAACGCCAAGAGGGACUGGGGAUGCGCACCAAGAGUAUGUGUGUGUCUGUCUGUCGUGUGUCAAGGAUGGACAAAGCUACCAGCACACUCCAUCCGUGGCCACCUCACUGACAUUGGGACUUACUGUGUGUAUGUGCGUGUGUGUGUGAGAGAGAGAAAUAGAGAGAGUAUGUAUGUGAUUUGGAAAGGCCUACUGCCUGCCUACCACAGGAAGUGCUUGCUUGGACAGUGUGUGGAGGAGGAGGAGGCGGAUCGCUGAAUUGCAUACAGUGCGCGGGUUGGCUUCCUCAGAUUGUUGCUACGGCAGGCGAACGAAACCUGCUUGCUCUAAGACAUGCUAUCUACACUAUUUACAAAUGUGCUAAUUGUCGCUCACUUUGUGUGUGUGUGUGUGUGUGUGUGUGUGUGUGUGUGUGUGUGUGUGUGUGUGUGUGUGUG